AUGGAUUCUCGAGGUGACAGCUCCAGAUUCGGGCAAUACCCUACAAAGCCCUCAAGGAACAUGUCCUCAUCCUCCUCAGCCUCUGCUGCUUUCUUCUCAGCCAACCAGUCUCCUUUCUUCUCUCCAAGAUCUCCCAAAAUCAUCAACCAACAAGAACUCUCCGAAUCCACUCGCUCCGAUGCUCAAUGCGACAGCUUCGAGCCUGACCAUCGAAUAGCCUCGAGCAGUGUGAUCUCUUGCACGCCUUCUCGAUACGGAAGAGGGCAUGACUCAUCUUCGUAUACGCAAACAUCUUCCGUCUCUGUUUCGUACAACAGAGUGAGAUGCUGCGACGUGUUCUUGGGGUUACACGGACAAAAGCCAUCUCUGCUUCGGUUCGCGGACUGGUUAAGAGCUGAGCUGGAGUUUCAAGGGAUGAGUUGUUUCAUGUCGGACAGAGGACGGUGCAGGAGCUCAAGAAAACAGAGGAUCAUCGAGAGAGCUAUGGACGGAGCUUCCUUCGGUGUCAUCAUCUUAACGAGGAAGGCUUUCAAGAACCCUUACACGAUCGAGGAGCUUCGGUUUUUCUCCGAGAAGAAGAAUCUUGUUCCGGUUUUCUUCGAUCUUGCUCCAGGGGACUGUCUAGUGAGAGACAUAGUUGAGAAGAGAGGAGACUUGUGGGAGAAGCACGGAGGCGAGCUGUGGGAUUUGUACGGAGGGAUUGAGAGAGAGUGGAGAGAAGCCGUUCACGGGCUGUCUAGGGUUGAUGAGUGGAAGCUUGAGGCUCACGAAGGUAACUGGAGAGACUGUGUUUUCAGGGCGGUUUCGUUGCUGGCGAUGCGGUUGGGGAGGAGGAGUAUUGUUGAGCGGUUAGCGAAGUGGCGUGAUAAGGCGGAGAAGGAGGAGUUUCCUUAUCCGAGGAACGAGAGUUUCGUUGGGAGGAAGAAAGAGUUGGCUGAGCUGGAGUUUGUUCUGUUCGGAGAUGUUGCUGGAGACUCGGAGAGAGAUUACUUCGAGCUCAAGGCAAAACCGAUAAGGAAGAAGAAGAAGAAGAACGCUGUGACGCUAGGGUGGAGUAAUAAAGGAGGUUCGGCGAAAGGGAAAGAGAAGGUUGUGUGGAAGGAGUCGGAGAAGGAGAUUGAAAUGCAGAGCACGUGUCAUCAUCAUCAUCGGAGCACGAGGAGGAAGCGGUCGACGAAGGUUGUGUACGGGAAAGGUGUAGCUUGCGUUUCGGGAGAGUCAGGGAUUGGGAAGACAGAGCUGCUUCUUGAGUUUGCUUACAGGCAUCACCAGAGGUACAAGAUGGUGCUUUGGAUAGGAGGAGAGAGCCGUUACAUUCGUCAGAACUAUUUAAAUCUUUAUCAGUAUCUUGAGGUUGACGUUGGGGUUGAGAGCUGUUCCGAUAAGACGAAGGUGAAGAGCUUUGAGGAGCAGGAAGACGCUGCGGUUGCGAGGAUCAGGAAAGAGCUGAUGAGGAACAUACCGUUCUUGGUUGUGAUUGAUAAUUUGGAGAGUGAGAAGGACUGGUGGGACUCGAAGCUUGUGAUGGAUCUUCUUCCUAGGUUUGGAGGAGGGAGUCACAUUUUGAUAUCGACGCGUUUGUCUAGGGUUAUGAACAUGGAGCCGAUGAAGCUCUCGUACCUCUCCGGCGCUGAAGCUAUGGGGUUGAUGCAGGGGAGUGUGAAGGAUUAUCCGGUUUCGGAGAUGGAUGCGUUGAGAGCGGUUGAGGAGAAGCUUGGGCGGCUAACGUUAGGGUUAGCGGUUGUUGGAGCGAUUUUGUCGGAGCUUCCGAUAAACCCUAGCCGGCUUUUGGAUACUAUUAACAGAAUGCCGUUGAGAGAGGUUGUGUGUAGGGAAGGGAGUUUGUUGCGGCGGAGUUCGUUUCUGUUGCAGCUGUUUGAAGUUUGCUUUUCGAUCUUCGAUCACGCUGAUGGACCGAGGAGUUUAGCUACGAGGAUGGUGGUUGCGAGCGGGUGGUUGGCUCCGGCUCCGGUUCCGGCUUCUUUGUUGGCUUUGGCUGCUUAUAAGCUCCCUGAGAGGCAUAGAGGUCCGAAACGGUUAUGGAGGAGACUGAGACGAGCGAUAACGUGCGGUUUUGCGUCUUCGAGGUCGAAGCGGUCUGGAGGUGAGGCUGCUUCCAUGUUGCUUAGGUUCAACAUUGCUAGAAGUAGCAGUGUGAAGUUAGGGUUUAUACAGAUACACGAGCUUGUGAAGCUCUACGCGAGGAAUAGAGUGUUGGUGAACGAGAACGCGCCGGCGAUGGUUCAAGCGGUGAUAAGCCGCGGCUCGACGGUCGAGACCGCGGAGCAGAUAUGGGCGGUUUGUUUCUUGAUGUUCGGUUUCAGCAACGAGGCUCCGAGUAUUCACUUGAAAGUGACGGAGCUGUUGAGUCUUGUGAAGCAAGUAAUCUUGCCUCUGGCGAUCAGAACUUUCAUUACGUUUUCGCGGUGCAGCGCCGCGGUUGAGCUGCUUAGGGUGUGCACGAACGCUCUUGAAGCGGCGGACCAGACGCUGGUUACGCCGGUGGAGAAGUGGCUGGACAAGUCGCUUUGCUGGAGACCUGUUCAGACGAGUGCACAGCUAAACCCUGUUCUUUGGGAAGAGCUUGCUCUGGCUCGAGCCACAGUGUUGGAGACUCGAGCUAAGCUGAUGUUAAGGGGAGGACAGUUCGGUUUGGCUGAUGAUUUGAUCAGAAAGGCGAUCUUUAUAAGGACUUCGAUCUCAGGAGAGGAUCAUCCUGGGACUGUGUCGGCUAGAGAGACGUUGAGUAAGUUAACGAGACUUUUGUCCAAUGUUCAUCAGAUUCAUAACACUUCACCGUAG